ACAAACAAGUAGAAAGCAAACUUAUUUUCAGCAGAGCAGUUGAUUAAUUGCUCUCUCCUUUAAUAAUUGAAACCCUAAGGGUGAACUAGAUAAAUAAACACAGCAGCAAAUGGAGAAUCCUGACGGAGCUAAUGCGACAAAGGAUCAAACAACUGAUGCUGCUGCUGCUGUGGUUGAUAAGUACAAUGUCGAAGCCGCCGAUGUUCUAGCCAAUAGUGCCCAGCAUUUGCCAAUUACCCAGGCAGCACCUAUAUAUGAGCAACUUCUCUCCUUGUUUCCUACAGCUGCAAAAUUUUGGAAGCAGUAUGUAGAGGCAUAUAUGGCUGUAAACAAUGAUGAUGCUACAAGGCAGAUAUUUAGCCGGUGUUUAUUGAACUGUCUCCAAGUUCCUCUUUGGCGCUGCUAUAUUCGAUUCAUUAGAAAAGUCAAUGACAGAAAGGGUGUAGAGGGCCAAGAAGAAACGAGAAAAGCUUUUGAUUUUAUGCUCGGUUAUGUAGGAGCAGACAUAGCAGCUGGGCCUGUAUGGAUGGAGUACAUAACCUUUCUAAAGUCACUACCGGCUCUAAAUGCACAGGAAGAGUCCCAACGGAUGACUGCUGUACGGAAAGUAUACCAAAAAGCUAUUGUUACUCCUACCCAUCAUGUUGAGCAACUCUGGAAGGAUUAUGAAAAUUUUGAAAACUCAGUUAGCCGACAAUUGGCCAAAGGAUUGAUAUCUGAAUAUCAACCAAAAUAUAACAGUGCAAGGGCUGUCUAUAGGGAGCGAAAGAAAUAUGUUGAUGACAUUGAUUGGAAUUUGCUUGCUGUUCCACCAACUGGCUCUUAUAAGGAAGAACUGCAAUGGAUGGCUUGGAAAAGAUUUUUAGCUUUUGAAAAAGGAAACCCCCAAAGAAUAGACAGUGUAUCCUCCAAUAAGAGAAUUAUAUUCACCUAUGAACAGUGCCUGAUGUAUUUGUACCAUUAUCCUGACAUAUGGUAUGACUAUGCUACUUGGCACGCAAAAGGUGGCUCUAUUGAUGCUGCAAUCAAAGUAUUUCAGCGGGCUUUAAAGGCUCUUCCAGAUUCAGAAAUGCUGAAGUAUGCUUAUGCUGAAUUGGAGGAAUCCCGUGGAGCAAUCCAGCCUGCAAAAAAAAUAUAUGAAACUCUUUUGGGUGAUGGCGUUAAUGCAACAGCACUAGCACAUAUACAAUUUAUUCGCUUUCUAAGAAGGAAUGAAGGGGUAGAAGCAGCUCGCAAGUACUUCCUAGAUGCUCGCAAAUCCCCAAACUGUACAUAUCAUGUGUAUGUUGCAUAUGCUUUAAUGGCGUUUUGCCUCGACAAGGAUCCAAAGAUGGCACACAAUGUUUUUGAAGCAGGACUAAAACGAUUUAUGCAUGAGCCUGUAUAUAUUCUAGAGUAUGCAGAUUUCUUGUCUCGUUUGAAUGAUGACAAAAACAUCCGGGCUUUAUUUGAGAGGGCGUUAAGCUCGCUGCCACCAGAGGAAUCUGUUGAAGUCUGGAAACGAUUUACCCAGUUUGAGCAAACAUAUGGAGAUCUAGCUAGCAUGUUGAAGGUUGAGCAACGAAGAAAAGAAGCUCUUUCAAGAACAGGUGAAGAUGGUGCAUCAGCCUUAGAGGGUUCUUUACAAGAUGUUGCCUCACGGUACAGUUUCAUGGAUCUUUGGCCAUGCUCGUCGAAGGACUUGGAUCACUUAGCCCGACAAGAGUGGCUUGCUAAAAAUAUUAGUAAGAAAAUGGAGAAAUCUACUAUUUCUAAUGGACUGGGAAUCUUAGACAGGGUUAGUACAGGUCUGAAAAGCAAUUCAGCUGUAUCAGCAAAAGUUAUUUAUCCAGAUACUUCUUCUAUGGCGAUUUAUGAGCCAAGGCAAAAGCAUGAGGUUGGAAUUUCUUUAAGCACAACAGCAACUGGAUUUGGGAGUGCUUCCAACCCGUCAUCCAAUACCAUUGUUGGGUUGGUGGGUUCUGGAGCAAAUGCAUUUGAUGAAAUUUUGAAAGCAACACCACCCGCUUUAAUAUCAUUUUUAUCAACCUUGCCUACAGUUGAAGGUCCAACACCAAAUGUAGAUAUUGUACUAUCAAUAUGUUUGCAGAGUGAACUGACGAAUGGGCAGAUGGGUAAGUUAGGGACAUCCCCUGCUGUACCAGCCCCUCCAGCUCCAGCUACAAGUGACCUUUCUGGUUCAAGCAAGUCUCGUCCGGUUCUCAAACCUUCAAGGGAUAGACAAUCUGGAAAACGGAAGGAUAUAGAGAGGCAAGAGGAAGAUGAAACUGCAACUGUACAAAGCCAGCCAUUGCCUAGAGAUAUUUUUAGAAUAAGACACAGUCAAAAAGCACGCGUGGGCACUGCUUCACAAACAGGAUCAGCAUCAUAUGGAAGUGCACUUUCUGGAGAUCUAUCUGGUAGCACUAGCUAAUCUCUUGCUUCAUUCGUUUGUAAAUGGCUUAUGUAAUAUUACUAGUAUUAUCAUUAUUGUUAUUCUUUUUUUCCCAUUGGGGUGAUGUACACUUUCAACUUGAUGCAAGUGUAUUUUUCUAUCUUAAUAGUGCAUAACGUAUCUAAUUUCCAUCA